CUUUUCAUUGGAGCUUCUAAGAAUAAUUUCACAGUCAUGUAGCUUUACCACCGGUCGUCUUCCUCUAUAAAAGAAACUUCCCGUAAGUAAAUAACAACUAAUUUUUCUUCCACGGAGAAACGGGAAUAAGAAAGAGGAAGAAGAAAGGGAAGCUGAAGCUGAAGCUUUUUGUUUUCUCUUUCUAGAAUCUAACCGCCGAUCGCAUUUUCUCUCUCUUCAAACCCUAGCUCCAUGGGCUUUCCUGUCGGGUACACGGAGGUUUUCCUGCCGAAGCUCUUAGUCCAGACGCUCUCCGUUCUCGGGUUCAUCAGAACCAUCGUCUCCUCCCUCUUCCGCUUCCUGGGUCUCUCCGAUUUCCUCGAGAUAGAUCCGAGUUGGCCCGAUUACUCGUACCCCACCCCGACACCCGACUCGUCGCGCCCGCCCUUCUCCGCCCUCCUGAUCCGCGAGAUCCUGCCGGUGAUAAAGUUCGACGACCUGAAUCCCGGCGCGUACGGCGGAGAUCUACCGGAGAGCUGCGCCGUCUGCCUGUACGAGUUCGAGGGCGGGGAAGAGAUCCGGUGGCUGAGCAAUUGCAGGCAUAUAUUCCACCGGACGUGUCUCGACCGUUGGAUGGAUCACGAUCAGAAGACGUGUCCUCUCUGUAGAACGCUGUUCGUCCCGGAUGAGCUGCAGGACGAGUUCAAUCAACGUCUCUGGGCUGCCUCCGGCGUUCCUGAUUUCUACGAUGUGUACAGUCCGGUGCCGGAGUUGUAGAUACGCCCCCUUAUCUUUCUCUUCUUUUAACUUUUCACCCCCUGUACUCGUAAUUAUUUCUCUUUUAGCCCCGGCUGAUUUUAAUUUACUCCUUACACCCACUCUGUAACACAGAUUGGAAAUAAAAGGGAAACAAAGAAAAGUUGUACUGUACAUUUUGGGGUUAAAUUUUAAAUUUUCCGGGGUCGUUUGCGACUAAAUCAAGGUGAUUUUUCUUGAUUUAAAGUUUGGACCCUUAAGUUUCCAUUUA